GUGUGCUCAGCCUACCUGAGGGUCUGACUCUUCACAGAGACCAGCAGCAGCAGCAGCAGCGAGCAGGGAAGAGCGGGGAGGGAAAUCCCUACAGUCAGUCGGAGCUGCGUGCCGUCGAGCAGUGCUUACUGGCCACACGGGUGGGMAGCAUCUCUGAACUCAGUGAUCUUGUGUCCCGAGCCAUGCACCACCUCCACCCGUUGUAUAUGAAGAAUCAGAGCAAUGGGACGCCGAUCCAUCCAAAGAGCUGUGUGAUCCACUGGGCACCUGAAGCGAUCUACACACUGUGUUACUUUAUGCACUGCCCUCACAUGGAGUGGGAGAACCCAAACGUUGAGCCCUCCAAGGUCACGUUGCUGACAGAGAGACCGUUCAUGGUGCUGCCGCCUCUGAUGGAAUGGGUGCGAGUGGCCGUGGUCCACACUGAACACAGACGGAGCUUCACGGUGGACAGCGACGAUGUUCGGCAGGCGGCCAGGCUGCUGCUGCCCGGAGUGGACUGUGAGCCGCGCCAGCUCAGAACGGAUGACUGCUUCUGUGCCUCGAGGAAACUGGAUGCUGCUUCUACCGAGGCAAAGUUCCUGCAGGACUUGGGCUUCCGCAUGCUCAGCUGUGGGCGCACGGACCUGGUAAACCAGGCGAUCAACCUGCUCGGGCCAGAUGGAAUCAACAGCAUGAAUGAGCAGGGGAUGACUCCGCUGAUGUACGCUUGUGUUCGUGGGGAUGAAGCCAUGGUACAGAUGCUGCUGGACGCAGGAGCAGAUAUCAACAGYGAGGUGCCAAACACAGUUCACAAGCAUCCCUCAAUCUUUCCCGAAACGCGGCAGGCGACGCCCCUCACCUUCGCUGUGUUGCACGGACAUGUGCCUGUGGUGCAGCUGCUGCUGGAUGCCAAAGCCAACGUGGAGGGUUCYCUGCAGGACGGGAUGGAAAACUACACAGAGACGCCUCUGCAGCUGGCAGCCGCUGCAGGUAACUUCGAGUUGGUGAGUUUGCUGCUGGAGCGAGGGGCCGACCCCAUGGUGGGCACCAUGUACCGUAACGGGAUUUCCACCGCUCCACAGGGAGACAUGAACUCUUACAGCCUGGCUGCGGCUCAUGGGCACAGAAAUGUGUUUCGUAAGCUGCUAUCCCAUACAGAGACGGGCAAAGGGGAUGUUUUGUCCUUGGAAGAGAUUCUGGCAGAAGGUUCGGAGCUGGAAGGUGGAAGUCCGUCUCAGGUUGACCUGAUCCGUACCGGAAAGGCCAAACUUAAAGCCCUUAAAGAAGCCAUGUACCACAGCUCUGAACACGGGCAUGUUGACAUCACCAUAGAUAUACGGAGCCUUGGGGUCCCGUGGACUCUGCACACUUGGCUGGAGUCUCUGCGGACGUGUUUCCAUCAGCACCGCCGGCCUCUGAUCCAGGGUCUCCUGAAAGAGUUCAGCUGCAUCGAAGAGGAAGAGUACACUGAAGAGCUCAUCACACACGGCCUGCCUCUGAUGUUCCAGAUCCUCAGGGCCAGCAAGAAUGAAGUGAUCAGUCAGCAGCUGUCUGCCAUCUUCACCCAGUGCUACGGCCCAUACCCCAUCCCCAAACUGUCGGAGAUAAAGAGGAAGCAGUCGUCACGCCUGGAUCCUCACUUCCUGAACAAUAAAGAGAUGUCUGAUGUGACCUUUUUGGUGGAGGGGAAGCCUUUCUACGCCCACAAAGUCCUCCUCUUCACCGCUUCCAACAGAUUCAAAUCUCUUCUGGCAAACAGGCCUUGUGGUGAAAACACUUGCAUUGAAAUCAGCAAUGUCAAAUAUCACAUCUUCCAGCUGGUGAUGCAGUAUCUGUACUGCGGAGGAACAGACGCUCUGCACCUCAGGAACACUGAUAUUAUGGAGCUCUUAUCAGCAGCCAAGUUUUUCCAGCUGGAAGCAUUGCAGAGGCACUGUGAGAUCAUCUGCUCCAAGAACAUAAACACAGAAACCUGUGUUGAGCUCUACAAUCACACAAAGUUCCUUGACGCCCCGGAUUUGGCGUCCUACAUCGAGGGCUACUUCCUGAAGAACAUGGUGAUCCUGAUCGAGCUGGAGCCGUUCAAACAGCUGCUGUACGACGCUCCUCCCGACAGCCCCGGCUCGGACAUCCUGCAGGCCCUGGAGAGAACGCUGGCCAUUCGCAUCCAGUCCAUCCACUUGUCUUCCUCCAAGGGAUCCAUAGUCUGAACUCCUGAACUUUCUGAGCCCUGCACCAGAGACAGAGCAGAGACCCAACACAGCAAAGCUGAACAUCUGAGUAGAUUUUUUUAUUUUUAUUUUCCAGUUUAAAGGAGCUCAUGCUGUGGUGUUUUAGUCUCUGUGAACCGCAUCGGUUGCUGAUGUGCUUCUUGUUAUCUUAGCGCAGAUGGUUCCACGCCUGUCCGUCUGCCUCGUUGAUGAACAUGUUCUAACACAUCUGUCAUACGGUGGCUGUAUUAAAGCUCAACUUGCCAAUAGCCAACCACGAUCAUCAGAGCUUUCCGAGCUUAAUAAGUAACCUCAGCAUAAUGUGAUGAGUCAUCAGUAUAUCCGUGGGUAAGAAGAGGAGCCACUGCCUCGUGUUGUGAUUAUUUGGACCUGUACAGAAAAAAAUAAUUUGUAAAUUUGCGAAUCUGUGCUGAUUACGCUGUAAAGCCAAAUAAAGGAACAAAAGAAAAUGUGAUGUGACUGAAGCACGUGAUAUUUUGGAACUGGGUAGCAUAGAGGACUUUUACUUCCUCCACUGCAUUGUACAUGUUGUUGAUAAAAACAGAGCUAUUGAUAAUGUAAGUUAAUGUAUAUAUUUAAAAAUCAACAGAUUUUUUUGGUUUCUCAUGUGUCUUACUGUUGGAUAUUGUUGUAAAAACACAAAGUUAAUCUUGUAAAUAUAAGUGUUGCAUGUCAGAGAGGUGACUUGUUUUUUUUUUCACAUGUUUAAGGCUAGUUUUUAUCAUCAGCAUGAGUCCCUGAUAAUGUUUCUGAGAGGUUGUUUGGUGUCAAACGUGGAGUUUUUUUUCUUUUAUUUUUUUCCCUUGAUCAUGUGUGACUCUAUAAAGUUGAGUGUAAAGAACGCAAUAAAUCUGCUUUUAGUUUCA